AUGCAGGGCGUGACGAACGUGUUGGCGGUCAAGGGAACGAGGUGUGGCGAGCCUGGCUGCCACGGCAUCAACCGGUCGGAUGAGGAGGAUAACGUUCUCGAUGUUCACUUCCCAGCGGGCGCCUCUAGCGAUGGCACGUUCUCAAUGAAUGUCCUCAUAUUGGAUUGGGCACAAGAGCGUCUAGAGCACGGGUUUGAAUGUCUCAUUGAUUCAGAGCACAAUCCGCGGAGCCCGGACAUGGUUCGACGCGCUCACCCCAACGAUAUUCACGCUCGCGUUGAACAGGUGGGUCUCGGAGAGCAGCGGAUGUGUCAAGUCGAUCUUCCAGAACUGCUGGACGUGGACCAGUACGCUGGUCACAAGUCACUUCAUUCCGAGACCUCUUCUGCGGGGACGAUGCCAAAGCAGGGCAUUUACCGUCUGCACGCACUUGCCAUGUUCAAGAGCCAUCAUUACAUCGCCUUGAUCGUCAUGGACGGUGGCGCUAUUGCCAUAGACGGUAAGGCUGGGCAACCUGCACGUUUCUCUCAGCAGACAGCUGUGUCGAGCCGACAGAGGGAAAUAAGCAAGAUGGGAGCCCAGUACCAUAGAGAAGAAAUCAGAAAUAGAUGGGGCCAGCGUCGUUCUGAGAUUCGUGUCAAGUCUGAGCCUUUCGCAGUAAGGAUUCCGAUCCAGAUGCGUGGCAGACUGGAACGGAGAGAUCAGACAAAAUUUACGGAUGUCUCCAGGUUGGCGAUCUGUGUCAGAGCCACCAAGAAGGAAUCUCCUGAGCUUGGAGUCAACAUAGAUGAGACAGAAGCAGGAGCAGUCUCGGCAUAA